AGAGGAACAACGGCAUCGGACCGAGAAUAUCAGCAAGAGAGAAAAGAGACGAAUUAUCAGCGAUCGGAGCGACAGAAGGAGAAAAAGGAAGCAAGAGUAGUACGGGAUUGGACCCGAACACCACGGCUUCAACACUCCUCUUCUGAAGAAGAAGAAGAACGCAGAGAGAUUCGGACACAGCGAUACGACCAGUGGAGCAGGGCCUAUAGAAGAAUAGCUCUUAAGAAGAAGAAGAGGAGAGGGAUCGUACAGCGAAGAGUGGAUAAGACACAGAGAUACGACCAACCUUCCGUACGAUCACAUUAAGCGACGACGUCCUUGACCACGAAAUUCGACAAUUAUCUAGGCUUGAUCAGGGCAAUCCAGCCGAGAAGCCGAGAAGCCGAUCGAGAUGGCUCAAUUUUUCGCGAUGCCGUAUAUCUUCCCCGAUGUGGCACAAUAUCCAGACCUCCGCUUCGAUGGCGAUAGCGUAUCCAGCUGGAUUGAACAGGUCGUUCGUAUUUUCGAGAGAGCUCGACUUAGCUAUAUCGAGAAGAUUGCUGAAGCCCCGUACUGGACUAAGAAUGAGACCUAUCAGGAAAGGGUGAAGUUCGUCGUCAAUCGACUCGACAAUUGGAACGCCGCGACGAAGGCUUUGAAAAGUACCUUUGCAUUUGGAGAUCCUAGACAGCUUCGAAGUGCUUAUGAUUAUCUCAAAGACCUCAAAAACCAGCCUCUAUUAUCGAAUCCGUCGGAGAUCUAUACGUACUGUCUUGAUCACGAGAUCCAAGCCGAAGAGACGAAGGAUACUGCACGAGUACCAAGCGACCUUGACUGCACUCGAGGCCUGUUCGAGAGGAUCCACGGCCACAGUCUUGAAGAUAUUAUGAACAAAGGCAAGAUGACGUAUGAAGAGCUCUUCAAGAUGGAGUACUCUCAAGCCCAGAAGUUGGUCCGAGGGUGGGCGAAGGAUAAGGUCAAUCUGGAUAACCACACUAAGCGAGCCGAGAGAUAUUUCUCGUCUGAUCAGAGCAAGAGAGACGGCAAGAGAGGACCAGAGGAGAGCCAGCUAGAUUUAUUUGCUCUCACGGAGAGGCUCAGAGCCUUGGAGAUACGGUUAUGCCAAGUAGGCCCGUCUGAUAAUUCGGAUAUGAACGAUACUGUCCAGUCUCGUGGUCGUAUAGCUGGCCUUGACGAGUCCUGACUGCAUUUCCUUGGGCCUGGUGUACGAGUGGCUGGCAGCCCCAUGGCUGCUGUGGCCGGUGUGCAGUCCUUACAUCUUCCAUCUGGUGUCUCCGAUCAGACGGG